AUGGAUGCCUCAAAAAAAGACGCCAAAUUUGCUCAUCUCACCCUCAAUGCCAACGGGCCAAUCCAAUGCGCUCUCCGGGGCCAAGCCGUCCUCAACACACCGUACUUCAACAAGGGCUCUGCGUUUCCCGUGGAGGAACGUCGCGCCUUUAAUUUGACCGGCUUGCUUCCGCAAAAUGUCCAGACGCUUGAUGAACAGGUCAAGAGGGCGCAUGAGCAGUAUCUCUCUCGGAGCGAUGACUUGGCGAGGAAUACGUUUUUGGCGUCGUUGAAGGAUCAGAAUGAGGUGCUGUACUAUAAGUUGUUACAGGACAAUUUGAAAGCCAUGUUCAGCGUGGUAUACACACCCACAGAAGGAGAUGCAAUUCAAAACUAUUCACGGCUUUUCAGACGCCCAGAAGGGUGUUUCUUGAACAUCCGAGACAAGGAGAGGGUGUUUAACGAUUUGGCCAUGUGGGGUGAAGCAGAUGAUAUUGACUACAUUGUCGUCACAGAUGGCGAGGAAAUCCUCGGAAUAGGAGACCAAGGUGUCGGCGGAAUCCUCAUAUCCGUCGCGAAACUCGUCCUCGCCACGCUGUGCGCUGGCGUCCACCCCAAUCGUUGUUUGCCAGUUGUGCUGGACUGCGGCACAGAUAACGAGGAACUACUAAAAGACGAACUGUACCUGGGUCUAAGAGAGAAGCGUGUUGGUGGAAAGGAGUACGACGAGUUUGUAGAAUCUUUUGUGCAUGCUGCGACGACAAACUUUCCAGGAGCUUACAUCCACUUUGAGGAUUUUGCAGUCGGCAACGCGAGGCGGAUUUUGGACACGUACCGCCCCAGAAUGGCUUGCUUUAACGACGAUGUCCAAGGGACGGGAUGCGUCACACUGGCUGCCAUUAUGGCUGGGUUACAUGUGUCGGGACAGAAACUUGCCGACGUGAAAAUGGUUGUGUUUGGGGCGGGAAGUGCGGGAAUCGGAAUCGCAGAUCAGGUGAGGGAUGCGAUUGCUGCGGAGGGUGGUAUAUCCCACGAGGAAGCAUCAAAGCAAAUAUGGUUGAUUGACCGGCCGGGUCUUCUCACUACAGACAUUGACGUAUCGGAUUCUCAAAAGCCAUUCGUCAAGAAUGCAGGAGACUGGAAGGACAAGGAGACAAAUCUCCUGUCUGUCAUUCGAGCUGUACAUCCCAAGGUCCUCAUUGGCACGUCGACUGUCCCCGGAGCAUUCACGCAGGAAAUUGUCACUGAAAUGGCCAAACACGUCUCGAGACCAAUUAUAUUCCCAUUGAGCAAUCCGACCAGACUGCAUGAGCAGACGCCCCAGAAUCUGUUGCAAUGGACUCAGGGAAAGGCACUUGUGGCAACUGGUUCUCCAUUUGACCCCGUCAAAGGACCAUGGGGACCAAAUGGGGAAGAGCUUACUAUAGAAGUGGCAGAAUGCAACAACUCAGUCGUCUUCCCCGGCAUAGGGCUAGGCUGCAUCUUAUCCAGGGCGAAACUACUCACGGACAAGAUGCUCGUUGCGGCAGUGCAGGCCGUGGCUUCAUUGAGCCCUGCACUCAAGGAUGAGAAUGCGCCUUUGUUGCCGGAUGUUGAGGCUGUGAGAGACGUGAGUCUCCGUGUGGCGAUGGGAGUGAUCAAGGCUGCUAUGGAGGAGGAUUUGGCAUCACAGGAAGGUAUCCCAUCUGAUGACAAGCAAUUGGAAGAAUGGGUCAAGGUGCAGAUGUGGGAGCCCAAGUAUCGUGAGUUGGUCAAGGUGGACUUGGAGGGUGCUGGCCGCGCUGCGAAGGGAGAAUUGAGAAAGGCUGGGACGGUGGAUAGAGUGUGA